AUGGCAGUAGACAACCUACCCGGGUCCACAGUUAACGACCCGCCAGAGACCGUCAAUGUUCCUGCAUCUACUGAAACCAAAGAAGAGUCUGAGACAGAUAAUGACAGUUCUACAGUUACAGGCGUUUCUUCAUCUGACGAAAAUGAAGUACACAAAAAAACUGACGAUGAAGGUUCCAUAAAAUCAACAGGAAGUAGUGACGUAGACUCUCCUUAUAAAUACCAUUGUUCCAACUGUGAUUUAGCCUUCAAAUAUAAUUGUUGGUAUAAAAGACAUAUGGCAACCCAUAACCCUGGGACUUUUACAUGUCAAUAUUGCCCUAAAGUUUUUAAAAGGAAAGACACUAUGCGAGAGCAUCAACACCUUCAUUUGGGUGGUCCGAAGCAUAAGUGCAGGCAUUGCGACAAAGAAUUUGGCGAUAAAAGAAAUAUGAACAUGCAUAUAAAAUUGGUCCAUCAAGGCUCAAUGGUCAAAUGUAAAAUAUGUGACAAAAUGUAUUCGGGAAAGAGACAAUUGAGGUAUCACGACAACCGUAUACAUAAUGAAGAACUGCCUUUUCACCCAAAUAGUCGCAAUGCAAUUAUUUUAUGUAUGGCCGACGACGAGUUUACAGAAAGAUUUGUGGAUCAAGAAUUAGGAUUCCGGUCACACAAGACCCAUACACCAACAUGCCAGAUGAAGUUAUCGCGUGUGGAACACAGAAUCUGGACAUUCCAUGAAGAGUUGUAUGCCAGUUCUGUAAGCAAAAAUUGUUGUUUUAGGUAUGAACCAUGUAUGAGGUAUACUAAUGAGAAGGGAUUUGGUGCAAAAAUUGUAUCGAAUGUCCUCAUAAAAAAAAAUAAAAUUAUUCCUGGUUUAGGAGGACAAUCAUUUUUUAUUCAUGAAAAUGAUCUUAAAGCCGGCGUUAACGAUUUUUCAGUCUUUACCCGCAGCCGUUCCCUAAAACAGCAUGUUUACCUAGGCCCAGCUGCUUAUAUAAACCACGACUGCGAGUCGAACGCAGUAUUUUCAUCAAUUGGCGAACCGUCUUACGUGCAAAUAAAGUCAGUGAAAGAGAUUCUCCCAGGAGAGGAGAUUACUGUGUUCUACGGUCAUGAUUAUUUUGGUGAUAAUAAUGCUAAGUGUCAGUGCAUGACGUGUGAAAACAAUAGGAAGGGCUUUUUCUCAAAAAAAGUUGUUACAGUAGAGACUAUGGCAGUGGACGACCUACCCACGACAACAGUUCACGACCCGCCAGAGACCGUCAAUGUUCCUGCUUCUACUGAAACCAAAGAAGAGUCUGAGACAGAUAAUGACAGUUCUACAGAUACAGACGUUUCUUCAUCUGACGAAAAUGAAGUAUACAAAAAAACUGACGAUGAAGGUUCCAUAAAAUCAACAGGAAGUAGUGACGUAGACUCUCCUUAUAAAUACCAUUGUUCCAACUGUGAUUUAGCCUUCAAAUAUAAUUUUUUUAAAAGGAAAGACACUAUGCGAGAGCAUCAACACCUUCAUUUGGGUGGUCCGAAGCAUAAGUGCAGGCAUUGCGACAAAGAAUUUGGCGAUAAAAGAAAUAUGAACAUGCAUAUAAAAUUGGUCCAUCAAGGCUCAAUGGUCAAAUGUAAAAUAUGUGACAAAAUGUAUUCGGGAAAGAGACAAUUGAGGUAUCACGACAACCGUGUACAUUCAAAAAAAAAACCGUUUGAGUGCAACAUCUGUGCUGAAGGAUUUCCUGUACCCUGCAUGCUUAGGGCUCAUCGAAUAAAAAUGGGUCACACAUAG